UCGAAAAAUUAUUAAGAAACGCCUUAAGGUUGAAAAAACAUUUGUUCCGAAAGCCUGGCGCCAAGUUUGCCCAUUUCCGCGACGCCCAUUUAAUUACCGACAUUUCCCAAAGUCACAAUUUAGUCCGAGAGUAUCGAUCUUAAACAUGAUGAAAUUCGUGCAAAUCAUAUUGUGCUACGGCCUGCUGGUGGCUCUGCUCUUUGCCGUUACCGACGCACGACCCUCAACAGGCGAAUCAGGACCAGAAUCUGACGGCCUGGACGGACAGGAGGCAGAGGACGUGCGAGGUGCCUAUGGAGGAGGCUACGACAUGUCCGCACAGGCCAUCUACCCGAACAUACCCAUGGACCGGCUCCAGAUGCUCUUUGCCCAGUACAGACCCACCUACAGCGCCUACUUGAGGACCCCAACCUACGGCAACAUGAAUGAACUCUACCGGUUGCCGGAGAGCAAACGUCAAGUGCGGUACCGGCAGUGCUACUUCAAUCCCAUCUCCUGCUUUAGGAAGUAAAUUCCCGCACAGCCAGUGAAAUGAGAAUGUCCGAAACCAAACUCCUUGGAUAAACCAACAUUUCAAGCAUUUCCACCAACCAAAUAAUCUAGCCUAAUGGAUCACAAGAGUUUAACCCACAAAAUAAUUAGUGCAAUUAACAUAAAGCUAAGACUCACACUGUAUCCGUAAUAAUAACUUCAACAAUAAUAUAUCCGCUACUUAAAUAUUCUACAAAAAAUUAAAAUGCUUCAUUGCGGUUUUAAAGAAUACACCUUUGCAUUAAAUUACAUAGUUAAUAUGUAUAGUUACAUUACUUUCUUGAUUUUCGCUUGGCAUAUGGUGUGGUAAAAAAAUUCAAGGAUAUCCAGGUCCUUGCAUGCACACACAUAUUGAAUACCGAUUUGCUUAUGUACAUUUUUGUGUCUCAACCCUUGUAUAAAUAAAAUGUUCAAUGGCCGUAGAACAGAUGUUAUUGGACAAAAUGUCAUUGAUAAAUCAAGUUAUUGUGUGUAGAAUAAUAUUUAAUUAAUAUAUGUACGUAUAAAAUAAAUGCGCCCAAAUAUAUUGAAGAAGAAUGUUACCUUA